UACUGUUGACGCCACUUCCCACCUCUCCCUACCCCACAUCUCAGCCUCACGCGUUCUCCCCCGUCUCUCUCUCCGCCCCCGUAAUCCCUCUUCUCGCUCGCCCGAGUUCGACGGCGAGGAGACGGCGGCGGAGCCCUAGCUACCCCUACGUGGGUGGGUGGAAGCCCCGUGAGAAAUGGGGAUCUCGUUUAAGCUAUCAAAGGUCGGCGUUCGCGUGCAACCGACCGCGCGUUCGGCCUCGCCGGCGUUGCCGCCCACGGAGACGGAGAAGCCGAGCGCCGGCGACAAGGAGGGCCCGUGUACGGAAUCCAAACGCGAGGAUACUAUUGUUGACAGAGUUAAUGAUAUUUCACCAGCAUGCUCUAGGGCGAUUUUAGCAGAGCAUGAAGUGUCUUUCACUUUCAGCCUCUAUGACAGAGGUUACCUCAUCGCAAAGUCAGUACUGCUGGAUCCUUGUCAGCCGUCGGUUCAGGAUGGAAGGACACUGCAUCCCUAUGAUAGAGCAUCAGAAAAAUUAUUCUCUGCCAUUGAAGCUGGAAGGCUACCUGGAGAUAUUCUCGAUGAGAUACCAAGCAAGUACUACAAUGGAUCAGUUAUUUGUGAGAUACGUGACUACCGCAAGAAUGCAUCCAAUCAAGCUCCUGCACCAUCUGCUGAGCUAGGAUUACCUGUUGUGAAUAAAGUGCAGCUGCAAAUGACCUUUGAAAAUGUUGUGAGGGACAUUACACUGCUAUCUGAUGAAUCCUGGAGUUACAGGGAUUUCAUGGAGGCCGAGGCACGGAUUGUUAAAGCGCUACAACCAGCACUUUGCUUAGACCCUACUCCUAAAUUGGACCGACUUUGUCAGGAUCCUGUUCCUCAUAAGUUGAACCUUGGUAUUGGAAGAAAGAGGAGGUUGAGGCAAAAUCCUGAAGUUGUUGUCACAUCCAAUUACAUGUCUCAUGGUAAAAAGGUGUGCAUUGAUAGGGUGUCUGAAAAUGCCAAAGCAGAUGAGAUGGGUACUGCAGGUGGUAAUGUUGCUCACCAAGUCCUUGAUAAUAUUGCCACCCAAACUAUGUCAGGUGGCUCUCAACCACUUAGACCAAGUAGUUCACAGGAUGCAGCUAGAAUGUCAAUUUUGUCCCAAUCUGGUAUCCAGCAAAAUAUCAAUUAUUCUUUAGUUGGUAAUGAUCGUGGAGCACCUCCUGUCAAUUUUACUGGAGUCAAUUCAAGCAUUUCGUCUCAGAACAUGAUGGCUUAUAAUGACAAUGGCCUUCUAUCUGUGAAGAGGGAACUACAAGAAGCUCCAUUGCAAGACCCUAAGAGAGUAAAGCCAACAAUUAGCACUGAUGAUAUCCAGCAGCAGCAACAGCAACAACAGAUAAGGUCUCAAUCAGCUGCCCUUGGUGGACCAGACAUGCAAUGGAAGAACCAACAGCUGCAUCAACAAUUAGAUGUCAAGGGGGUGCAGUAUGCUCCUUCAUCGCAUAUCCAGGGAUACCCUUCUCCAAUGGUCAACAACAUGCAAGAUUCAGGGGCUUCCUAUUAUUUCAAUCAACAGGGCAUCAGGUAUAGUGCUAAGCAAGAGCAGGCUAUGGCCCCUGAAAGUUCUGUACUGGAUCAGCAGCAAUCCCGUGCUCAACAUUUGUCACAGCAAGCAGCAGCUAGAAACAAUCCACAGAACAUGGCACAGUGGCAAAAUCCUCGGUUUUCAGGUGAGAAGGACAUGAAGAAAGAAGAAAUGCUUCAGAGAAGAAAGUUGCCUGCUACCUCCCGUGUCUCUUCUGCACCAAUGGUUCAAUCUCCAGUGUCCUCUAAAUCUGGAGAGAUAUCCAGCAGUUCAAUAGGCGGACAGUUCGGUUCAGCAGUGACAUCUGCUGUUAUUGGAUCACAGAAAGAUAAGUUUGCUGCAAGUUCCAAUGCUGCAGUAGGCUACCCUUCUGUGGUUUCCAGUCCUAGUGACUCUACGCACCGGUUGCAGCAGCCUUCUGUUGCUCAUUCGAAAAGAAAAACAAAUUCUGUCCCCAAGAGUCAACCACUUGUGAGCGGUGUAGGGUCCCCAGCCAGUGUUUCAAACAUGCAUGCACUGAAUGCUAGCAGCCCAUCAAUGGGGACUGCAUCUAUGGGUGACCAAUCAAUCAUUGAUAAGUUUUCAAAAAUUGAUGCCAUAUCCCAUCGGCAUCAGCUGGUCAAUAAGAAGAUAAAAGUUGACAAGGUAGCUCAAAGGAAGCCCAUGAUUAAUGCAAGCCAAGAGAAAGUUGUUACACUUCUCUCUAGUUGCUUCCAUACCGAGGAUUACAAAGAUGAGACAAGGCCUCUUUGUAAUUCUAUGUUGAGUGGAACUAUAAAUUCCUUCAAGACUAGAAUACUGAACUUCGUUCUCACCAACCGCGUGUACCAAGGUCCUACAAAGCCGUUCCGGAUCAGUUUCAAGGAGAAGCCAGAUGGGACGGUGCUAAUGCAAUAUGGAGAUGCAGAAGAUUUUGGUAAUCAGAACUCACACGAGUGCACACUCAUACUACCCAACAAGUACUACGCGGACUUGCUUGCAACCCAACUUGUUACGCGGAUGGAGAAAGAAGGCUAUGAUAAGGUGGACGAUCAAAUUGUGCCUAUCACCCCUCCUGGCAACCUAAGUGUCCUAUCAGGAAUUUUACCAGAUAAUACAGCAAAUGAAGUGAAACAAGAGGGAGGUAUAAGCCAGCAACUUAAUGCUGCAGCCCAUGGGAAUAUGGUACCUGGAAUACCUUUACAACAACUUUCUUCCAAUAGGAUGCUUCCAUCAGGGAAUAGCAACCAGGCAUUAGCAAUGCAACAAGGGUAUAUGCAGGGUGGAACUAUGUCUCCAAGGAGUCAACAACUCGACCAAAACUUAAUUCAGCAACAGCAGCAGCCACAGCUGCAACAAAAUGCGCAACUUCAGCAACAAACAUCCCUUCCUCUCAACCAGAUGCAGAGACCUCAACCGCUACCAACAAGCCCAUUAUCUCAGAUGAUGGGGUCUGGUUCGAAUCUUCCAAUGGGCUCAAGCCACAUGGGUAACACCAAGUCUAAUCCUGCUUCCUUGCAGCUGCAUAUGAUGCAGCAAGCACAGCAGCAACAGCCAGGCCAGAUGUCGAGGAAAGUGAUGAUGGGGCCUAGCUCAGCCAUGAACAUGGGUAAUAUGGUUAACAAUGUAGUCGGUCUCAGUGGUCUUGGAAACGUUAUGGGAAUUGGCAACGUGCGGCCAAUGUCCUCCCCAAUGGGAUCCGUGGCAGGCUUAGGGAACAGUCCUAAUCAGAUGAGUCUUGGGAUGGCAUCCAAUCUUGCUGCAGCUGGGUUACGUCCAGGUAUGAAUGCCACGGCUCUUGCAAAGAUGCGUAUGGGUAUGACAUUACCGCAGCAAAGGGUGGCAAGCAUGUAUCCCCAGACUGGCAUGGUUGGAUUGACUGGCAGCGGCUCUCCAAUGCUUCCUAGUUCUGCUGGCUUGUCCAUGAUGGGCCAUGCACUAAACAGGAACAACCUUACCCUCGUGCAGAGGGCCAUGAUGUCUUCAAUGGGCCCACCAAAGGUGCCAGGAGGUAAUUUUCAGCUGAGUGCUCAACAGCAAAUGCAUCUCCAACAGUUGCAACAGCAGCAGCAAAUCCAACAGAGCCCGCAGCAGCAGCAGCAAUUACACCAGCAGCAAUUACAACAGCAACAACUGCAACAGCUCCAACAACAGCAGCACCAGCAACAGCAGCAGCAACAACAACAACAACAGCAACAACAAAUGGGGUCUCCUUUGCAGCAGGUAGCGCAGGUGGGCUCACCGGCUGGUUCACAACAAUCAUUGGUGAUGCAGCAGCAGCAGCAGCAAAUAAGCCCACAGCAAAUGGCUGCAAUGAGCCCACAGUUGAGCUCGGGAACUAUGCAACAAGUGAAUAGCAAUGUUGUCAAUCAUGUGGGAACGCCAGGACCACCUCCUAGUCCGCAGCUCAGCUCGCAUUCACAGAACCAUGGAUCUGUCAACAGCAUCGCAAACUCCCCAAUGGAGCAGCUGCAAGGUGGCAAUAAAGGAGGUCCUGGUAGCAUGUAGGAACUGCAUAUACAUGAUCCAGCACAAGAGAAACGUAAUAAUGGAAGGUAUAAAUGUAAUAAUUUUCCGACGAAGAGCGUGACUGCUUUCUUGUUUGUUGUGGGGUUAAUUUAGGUGUUGUGUAAGUUAUAACCUAUAGAUGCAGUUGUCAUGAUGGAACCAGUUUUUCUCUAGGAUUUCUGAUAUAGAUUGUAGUUGAUGGAAAUAGUGCCAGUAGGAGCUUAGUAGAAACAUUGUUCAACAGAACAACUAUUUGUCUUCUUUAAAUUAGUGCUAUUGGAUAUGUAUUUGUUACAUAAACAAUUGUAUACUUUUUCACUAGGAACCAAUUGUCCUUAUGAACAAGUAUGUUCAUUCUGCUGUGAAUAAAAAUUGACAUGUUUUAUCUUCUA